AUGUCACUAAAGAACAUUUUACAAAAUGGUUUUGCAAUGGAAACACAACCAGAAGCACCGGAAGAAACUAAAAACACUCUUAGGUUCGAAGUUCCUUUGAAAAAAGAAAACAACAUAGUAUAUUUUCCAUACUUAGUAAAUCCUCCAAAAACAAAUAACGCUCAGACAAGCAUAACAGAAUGUCACAAUUAUAUGGAAGACGAAAAUGCAUUAGAAGAUUUAAUUGUUGCCGAAACAGCGAAUUUUUUAGAUCACUUGGCAAAUGAAAAAAGGCCAAAUCCAAAAUUUUAUGCGAUAACAAGAUUAGGGGCUGCACCGGGCUUAUUCGGUGCUAGCGUACCGAAUCCGCCUGAAGAUAUUCCAAAAAUUAUUAAAGGAAAUUCUAUAAUUAGUCAGUCAUCAGCCGAAAUUAUAAGUAAUUCAGGCAGCAAAACUACUAAAUCGAGAACACGAAAGAAUGUUAAUGCUUCAACAAAAACAAAAAGUAAAAAAUCUAUCAAGCAAGAGGAUAAACAAACUAUAAUUAACGAAUAUGAUAUGAGUAUAGAUGAAGAACCCGUUAAGGAGACAGCAAAAAGCCAUUUAAAAGUAUCAGAAUUGAAGUCAAAGAAACGAGCGUUAAAGACAAAACUCACAGAUACGAGCAAAAUUUCUAACAAAGAAUCAGCAUCAUUGGAGGUGCAGAGACUCAUACAAAAACAUAAACGUCGCAAAGAGAAAAAGAGUAUUAAGGACGGUACAAAUAUAACCAGUUCAUCAUUAAAAAACGCACCUUUAACAAA